CGGAAACGGAAACUAACGAAGCCGAACCGGAGCGAGCAAAUACAAAAAAAUAAACAUGGAAGAAAACCAAAUAUCCAUGUGCGAGUUUUGCCGUCUAGACGGCGUUUAAUCUUCCGCGCUGAAUUACAGCGUUUACACGCGAAGGCUGCUCAUCCGACCUGGCCGUCUCUGUCUAACCCCGUGCCUUUCCUACCUCACUGUUCACCAGCAGAUCCAACCAUGGCGCUCCAGUUUGUGUAUAGCGACCGGGACCUUGUCCCAGAUGUGCGCCGCAGCAGUGGGAAAAGACCUGGGAUCGCACCAUCGGCAACAGAGUUUGACAGAACCAUCCGAGCCGGCUGGACAGACAGGAUGAAGGCGGGGCUCUUCCGCUACCAUCUGGGUGAUUUACAAACACGGAUCCUGCCGGGCCCGCAUGGCUACGUGGCCCAGCUGAAUAUUGAAAGAGGAAUAGAGAGAAGGAAGCCUCAGGAGAUACUCAGCAUUCAGCAGGAGUUCAAUGGCGAGCAGUUUAAUUUUAACAAGAUCAAUCCAGAGGAAAUCCUAUUUGAGAUGAUAAAGGAGGUUGAGGGAGGAAGCGAAAAGGGGCCGUUGCACGAACCCUGCAGGAUGGUUGUGCUGGUCAACGUCAGCCCUUUGGAGUUUGGCCAUUGUCUCCUCGUUCCCGACCCGUCCGGAUGUCUCCCACAGGUCGUGACGAGCUUCGCCAUCCGGGUUGGCAUUGAAUCCGUGCUUCUGAGCUCCGAUCCGGGCUUCCGCGUGGGGUUCAAUAGUCUGGGAGCAUUUGCGUCCGUCAAUCAUCUGCACCUCCACGGGUAUUACCUGGAGCACCAGCUCGAGAUAGAAUCUAUGCCGGUCAAGCCCCUGGUUCCUGAAAAGGGCUUUUAUGGCUUGUUGGACUUUCCGGCAGGCUUUUUGUUUUACACGGAGUCGGAGAGGGUGGAGGAAGUCGCCGAAGCCGUCUGUCGAGUCACAAACUUUCUUGUGGACGGCGACGUCGCUCACAACCUGUUCCUGACGAGAGGUAGUCCGCCCCGUGGACGCACACGGAGCGAAGAGGAACGCUGUUCAAGGAGAGGCGUCCGCGUCGCCGUGUGGCCGAGAGCGUCGUGCUUCGGCGCCAAAGAGGAAUCGGCCUUCAAUGUGGCUCUCUGUGAGCUCGCCGGACAUUUACCUUUUAAGAACAAGAAGGAUUAUGAGCUCAUUUCUGAGAGAGAUGUAACAGAUAUCAUCCAGAGGUACCUUCUGCCCGAUUCAGAGUUUCACACCUUGGAGCAGCAGCUCACUCGUCACUUAAAGGAUUUAUAAAGUAUGCAGUUGUUUUAAAUCAACGCUUUCACAAUGUGUUUUUCUUUUGUCGGUUAAGAAAAGAGUGAGAGUGAGAGUAAGAGAGUCUUUACUGCGCUUUGGGGAUAUGCUGAAUCUUUCCUGCUGCCUGGCCUAAAUAUAACAUGUGCUCAGAAAGAUCUUUAUCAGUGAGAAUAUAUUCGAUGGACUAAGGGGUGUGCUGUAUUAAAACUGGUAAUAAACUGCCAAAGAGCAUUUUAUUUGAA